GCCGGCGGGGCAGGUUGCCGGCCGCGUGCGGUCCGAGCGCCGGGUUCUGUUCGGCGCCGCCGGGUCACACGCGCUCUCAGCGCCGCGAGCCGCGAACACAACGAUAUUUGGAUUUGAACUGCAUUUUGGAACUUACCUUUACAUAAAUGCCACUGUCAGAUGGAGGUCCAGUUGGAUACACCCCCCCAGAUGGAGGCUGGGGGUGGGCAGUGGUUUUUGGAGCUUUCAUUUCCAUCGGCUUUUCUUGUGCAUUUGGCAAAUCUAUUUCUGUGUUUUUCAAAGAAAUUGAAAAUAUAUUCAAUGCCAGCACCAGUGAAGUAUCAUGGAUAUCCUCCAUCAUGUUUGCUGUCAUGUAUGGUGCAGGUCCUAUCAGCAGUAUCCUGGUGAAUAAAUAUGGCAGUCGUCCAAUCAUGAUUGCUGGUGGCUGCUUGUCAGGCUGUGGCUUGAUUGCAGCUUCUUUCUGUAACAGCGUACAGGAACUGUACUUGUGUAUUGGAUUCAUUGGAGGCCUUGGACUUGCCUUCAACUUGAAUCCAGCUCUGACCAUGAUUGGCAAGUAUUUCUACAAGAGACGACCAUUGGCAAAUGGGCUUGCCAUGGCAGGCAGCCCUGUACUCCUUGCUACCCUGGCCCCCCUCAGUCAAGCUCUCUUUGAUAUCUUUGGCCUUAGAGGAAGCUUCCUAAUUCUUGGGGGCUUCUUAUUAAACUGCUGUGUAGCUGGAUCCCUGAUGAGACCAAUAGGACCCAAGCCAACCAAUGCAGAGAAAGAUAAGUCUAAAGAAUCCCUUCAGGAAGCUGGAAAAUGUGAUCCAAAAGAAGGUGUAGGUGAUGCAAAUACAGAUCCGAAUGGCAGAAACCCCAAAGAGGAGAAACUCUCAGUCUUCCAAACAAUUAAUAAAUUUCUGGACUUAUCCCUAUUCACUCAUAGAGGUUUUGUAUUGUACCUCUCUGGUAAUUUGCUGAUGUGUUUUGCACUGGCUACACCUUUAGUCUUUCUUACUAAUUAUGCUAAGACUUGGCAUUUCAGUAGUGAAAAUGCUGCCUUCCUUCUUUCCAUUAUGUCUUUUGUUGAUAUUAUAGCCAGGCCUUUCAUGGGAUUUAUAGCCAACACAAAGUGGGUAAGACCUCAUAUUCAGUAUUUCUUUGCAGCUUCUAUUAUUGCAAAUGGAACGUGUCAUGUGUUAGCACCUUUAGCCACCAGCUAUAUUGGGUUCUGUAUCUAUGCGGGAUCCCUUGGAUUUGUAUUUGGGUGGUAUAGCUCAGUAUUGUUUGAAACACUGAUGGACCUCGUUGGACCCCAGAGGUUCUCCAGCGCUGUGGGAUUGAUGACCAUUGUGGAAUGCUGCCCCAUCCUCCUGGGGCCACCACUUUUAGGUCGCCUCAAUGACGUGUAUGGAGACUACAAAUACACAUACCGGGCAUGCGGCAUAAUCCUCAUUUUCUCAGGUGUCUAUCUCUUCAUUAGCAUGGGCAUCAAUUAUCGACUAGUGGCGAAAGAACGGAAAGCAAAGCAGAAGCAGAAAAACAAAGGUAAAGAGAAGGAACCAAAAGAAAUUACUAAAGCAGCAGAAUCUCCGGAACAGAAAGGUGAAGUAGGAGGACCCCGAGAGAAGGAGUCGUCAGUCAGUCUGAAACCAUGAACGAACAGGAGCCUGUGACCGGAGAUACCUGAAAUAAUCCUACUGACGCAUGUUCUACUGGUGGCGCUUAAUAGAAACAGUGGACAUUUGUGUGAAAAUCCUACCAGGUGGUGGUUGAUGGAAUUUUUAUUUCACUCCUUAACAGCAGUUUAAAAGAAAUAUGUCACAUCCUUUGGGGGUGGGGGAUUACAAAAGAUGAGAGAAGGAAGUAGCUCUUAUUUGAAGCCAGAUUUAUUGUGAAUAAUUUACAUACAGUAACCCCAAAAAAACCCCACUGCCAUCGACAUACAGUAGAACUCGCUUUUUUAAGUGUAGAGUUCAGUGAGUUUUGACCAAAAUCAAAUAACUACCUCCCCAGUACAGAACAUCUCCAACAGCCAGAGUACGUACUUCCCUCCUGCCCGAGCAGUCGGUCCCCUUCCUUUAGCCACAGAUCUGACUUCUGUCUCCUGUAGUUUGCCUUUUCCAGAAUGAAAUAGAUGGCAUCACACAGCAUGUAGCCUUUUCGUCUGACUUCUUUCACCUAGCAAAAUGUUUUAUGAUUCAUCCACGUUGUCAUAUUUAUCAAUAGUCCGUUCCUUUGUAUUGCUGGGUGGGAUUCCCAUUGUAUCCCGUUGUAUGGACUUACCAAAAUUUGUGUAUCCAUUGAUGGACAUUUGUGUUGUUUCUUUUUGACUAUAUCAAUAAUGCUGCUAUAAACAUUCAUCUGCAAGGUUUUGUAUGAAUGUAUGUUUUCAUUUCUCUUGGGUAAAUGCUAGGAGUGGGUGGGAUUGCUGAGUCAUAUGGCAAGCUUAUGUUUAUAAGAAGCUGCCAAAUAGUUUUCUAAGUGGCUGUACCAUUUGUAGUCCCACCAGCAAUGCAUGAAGACCUCCAGUUGCUUUGCAUCCUAAUCAGUAUUGUCAGUGUUUUUAACUUUACCAUUCUAGAAGGUCUGUAGUUUGCCGUUUUAAUUUGUAUUCCCGAUGACUAGUGAUGUUGACCAUCUUUUCAUAUGCUUAUUUGUCAUCUACAUAUUUUUAGUAAAACUUUUUUUUUUUUUAGUCCUGACGUUUAACAGUAUCUUGAUGAUAUUAAGUGCCUUGAGUUUUGGUCUUCAGAACUCUUUAUGAGCUUUUUCCUGCUAUCUGACAGUGAAAUGGAUAUAUUUUAAAAUCCUUAAAAAUGUAAAAGUGUAUUUAAACAGAUGAUUGUAAAAUCUAAUAGCAUGGAAAGAUCAUGAUGUCAGAAGCAUGGUACAAUGUUAAAUGAAAAAAGUAGAAUGCAAAGUAGUUAGAUCAGUGUGUAUAAUACACUCUCAGGGAAAAAUGGGGAAGGAAAUAGACAAAAAACUCCAGCCAUAAUUGUGUUAGAUGGUGUUUUUUUCCUCUGUAUUCCAGUUUUCCUUAUCAUGACUGUUACCUUUUUACUAAAAAAACAUUUAAUGUAGCACAUUCUAAGAGUUUACAGAGUGAAAAUGAAUAGAUUUAAAAGAGAAACUAACAAGAGAAACUCGGCUUCUAAGAAAAUAAAGCUAAUAAUGACCAUGA